CUGUAGUCGCCCUUGUAGACUGUAGUUACAUUUUGUGAAUAAACACAAAACAUUUUAAAAGUUGAGGUUAUGUGUUAAUUUUUCUUUCUUUCUAAAUUUUACAAUAAUUAUUUGAAUUAAGCCACUACAUAAUACAAUUAUCAUAGGCGCACUUAUAACUUGUAUCAUCUAAAAUGCCUACUUGGAACCAAAUUCAAUCCCAACUUCGAAAUCCGAACAAUCCUGUGGUAUUUUUUGAUAUAACCGUUGGUACAACUGAAAUAGGCAGAAUGAUUUUUGAGCUAUUUGCUGAUGUUGUGCCAAAGACAAGUGAAAAUUUUAGAGAAUUUUGUACAGGAGAAUAUCGGAGGGACGGAGUUCCACUUGGAUUUAAAGGUGCAACGUUUCAUAGAGUUAUUAAAGACUUCAUGAUACAAGGUGGUGAUUUUGUCAAUGGUGAUGGAACUGGUGUUAUGAGUAUAUAUGGAGGCAGUACAUUUGCAGAUGAAAAUUUUGCAUUAAAACAUGAUUCACCAGGCUUGCUAUCUAUGGCAAACAGUGGAAAAGACACAAAUGGAUGUCAGUUUUUCAUAACUUGUGCUAAAUGUAAUUUUCUUGAUAAUAAGCAUGUUGUGUUUGGAAGAGUAAUAGAUGGACUGUUAGUCAUGAGAAAAAUAGAAAAUGUGCCUACUGGUCCAAAUAAUAAACCAAAAAUACCUGUUACAAUAUCACAGUGUGGACAAAUGUAAAAUAAUAUAAAGCUUAAUUACA